UGCGAGGUUAUGAAGCACGUGUUUGUAUACAACAACAACGAUCAAAUCAACAGUCGAUUUAUAUAAAUUAAAUUGUUUUACAUUGAAUUAAAAAAAAUGUAUUAAAGCAUUUAUUGUAAAAAGUUACGUUUAUAUAUAAAUGUGUUUGAGUAUUUAUUGUAACAAAUAAAUAUCAUUGAAGAAAAUGAGUACUUCCAAUCUUAAAGAGUCAUUUGAAGUAGAAGCAAAACAUGGAGCUUUUUACAUCGGUGGAAGAGUCAAGUGGAGUCAAGACGGCGAAUAUUUGUUUUGCCAAAAUGGAGCAUCAAUAUCUAUUUUAUCAAUUAGCAAAGGAACUGUUAUAACUUCCUUGGGACAAGUUAAAGAUGAAAUAGAAGAAGAUACAAUAAACUGUUUUAAUCUCAAUAAUAAAAAUGAUCAUGUUAUCUCACAUCACAAAAGUGGCUUAUUUAAAUUAUGGUCUUGGAAAGAUGAGAAAAUCACCAAAUUAUGGAAGUCGAUUCAUAAAGGACCUGUAUCACAAAUCGCUUUAUCUAGUGACGAUAAUAUAAUGGCUUCUGGUGGAAGUGAUUCUAGUGUUAGAUUGUGGAAUCUCGAACAUCAUUCAUGUCUUUUUAAUUUAAAAGGAGCUGAAGGAGUCAUUAGUGUUCUAGAAUUUCAUCCAGAUCCCGAACAAAAAUUAGUUUUCGCAGCAGGCGAUAAUGCUAUAAUUCAUGGAUGGGAUAUCAAAACAGGAGAAGUUAAAGUCCUCUUAUCUGGUCACUUUAGUAAAGUGACAUCACUGUCAUUUUGUAGCGAUGGAAAACAUCUAAUUAGCUCAGGACGAGAUAAAGUACUCAUUCUGUGGAACAUUGUACAAAAAACAUCAGUGAGAAUACUUCCAGUUUAUGAAGGAUUAGAAGGAACAUUUAUCAUACCUUCGAAUAUCAAUUUUCCUGGUUGUAAAGACAAAGACAAGUCUAAAGGCAUUUUUGUAGCAGGAGCUGGUGAAAAAGGAUUCGUUACAAUAUGGGAAAUGAGAUCAGGCCGUGAAAUUUAUACUCAGAUGAAUUCUUUAGUUCCUGCAGCUAAAGAAGAUGGUGGUUUAUCAGUGACACAUUUAUUAUUUAAUAAAAAAGAUGAAAGUUUUGCUAUGGUUUCGACGGAUCAUAACAUUAUCAUACAUUCUCUGAGUGAUUUUGAGUGUCAAAAACAGUUUAUUGGAUACAGUGAUGAAAUUCUCGAUAUAGCUUAUAUCGGAGACAAUGGCAGUCACAUUGCCAUUGCUACUAAUAGUUGUGAUAUAAAAUUAUAUCAAUUAUCGACAAUGACCUGCCAAUUACUACGUGGACACACGGAUUUGGUUUUAGCUCUUGCCACAAGUCGAGCAAAUCGAAAUCUUAUGAUUUCAUCAGCAAAAGAUAAUAGUGUUCGCAUUUGGUUUAUGUGUAAAGAAAGUGAAACAAUGUAUUGUAUCGGUAGUGGAGUUCGUCAUACAUCGUCAGUUGGGUCGGUUGCUCUUUCAAAUUUAUCUUCAAAUUUCUUCGCAUCAGUUAGCCAAGAUUCUUGUUUAAAAUUAUGGUCACUUCCUCACGAACUUUCUGCAACUGAUCAAAAUAUUGCUUUAAAUGUCGAGCAUACUGUGAUAGCACAUCCCAAAGAUAUCAAUAGUGUGACGAUAUCUCCAAAUGAUAAACUACUGGCUACUGGAUCUCAAGACAAAACAGCAAAGCUAUGGAAUGCAGAAAAUUUACAAUUACUAGGUGUACUAAGAGGACAUAGGCGAGGAGUAUGGUGUGUUCGAUUUUCACCUAUUGAUCAAGUUUUACUUACUUCUUCUGCAGAUUGUACUGUAAAACUUUGGUCAUUAUCAGAAUUAAACUGUAUAAAGACUUUUGAAGGACAUGAAUCCUCUGUGUUGAGAGCAGAAUUUAUAUCUCGUGGAAUGCAACUGAUAACAUCCAGCGGUGAUGGUUUACUCAAGUUAUGGUGUGUAAAGACUUCGGAAUGUAUAACUACAUUAGAUGCACAUGAUAAUAGAGUGUGGGCUUUGGCUGUAAGUAGAGAUGAAAAACAAUUAAUUAGUGGUGGAAGCGAUUCUCUACUAAUAAUUUGGCGAGAUGUCACUGAAGAAGUUCGAAGAAAAGCCGCAGAAGAACGAGAAAGAAUAGUCCUUGAAGAACAAAGAUUAGCAAAUUUAUUAAAAGCCGGAGAACUAAUCGAUGCGUUAAAGUUAACGCUGGAUCUUGAUAAACCUCAACAUACUCUUCGAGUAAUUGAAGGAAUUUUAAAACGUGGUGGUAAUGAAUUAACCGAUGCAAUUAACGAGCUAAAGCCAAGUGAAAAGGAAAUUCUUCUUAAAUGUACUACGAUAUGGAAUACAAAUAGUCGGAAUGCACAUGCAGCUCAGUUGGUCAUUAAUGCUCUAAUGAGUGACAUUGGGAGUGGCUAUUUGCAAUUGCCUGCAUUAUCCUCAACAUUAGAAGCAUUGAUUCCAUAUACGGAGAGGCAUUUUAAACGAGUUACUAAUUUACUUCAAGAUCUUCAUUUUUUGAACUACACCAUCACUAGAAUAAAGCCGCAUAUUGAACCAAAAAUAAACAAUGAAAGUGAUUCAGAGAUGGAAUCAUAAUAAUGUAAAUAAUGAAAAUUAUAUUGUGAAAAUUUCUCGAUAUUUUUUUGAAUUAAAGCAAAAAUAUUAAAUAAAACAA